AUGAGCUCUAGUAAAAAAGUCGAUGUAAAAUUAAAAUCGCAAUUAUAGAAUGAGUCAAAUAUAGACUAGCACUAAUUAGAGCAAGAGUCAUAAAAUUAAAUAAUCUUUCUCUAACCAACUAAGAAGGAAAGAGACAUUUAUUGUAAAGAAGUUCUACCUAAUUCUGAAAUAAAAGCAAGAGAGCAUAAUAUAUUAUUCAGUGCAUUAACUAAGCUAUUUAAGAGGGCAAACGAUUUUUAAAAGGAAGAAAAACAAAUAUAAAAUGAAGAUAUUAAAGAUUUUAUUACUAAAUCAACCCAAGUUAGAUUCAUCAUAGAGAAAUUAGAAGCCUACAAAAAGCGUCAUCCCAAAGAUUUUAGUGAUCCAAACAAUUUCAACUUAAGAUCUAUUUAUAUUUUGAUGACAAGCAAGAUUUUUUUUAUUUGUUUAUUCUACUCUGUUAUGCAAUCUCUGCUGAGCUGUGGGUGCAUUUUUAUAUUGGAUAUAAUCACAGAUAAAUUGAAAAAUUAUAAUGGCUCCUCUGACUAGAAAAGAGAUUUGUGUCUUUUAUUAGCAGCAAUAUCUCUAGCAUAUGUAUUAAAAAACAUAUUCAACACUAGAUAAUCAUGGUAUUAAGUUUAGUGGAAAGCUAAUACUUAUGCAACCUUACAGUAUCUAGUUUUCACAAAGGCUUUGAGAACGCAAGUGAUAUCUGCUAGUUCAAGCAUAGAUGGAAAAAAGGAUAAAGAUUCAGGAAAGAGUAAUGAAUAUGAAGAGAACCCUGAUGCGAACAACAUAAUGACAGUAGACAUAGAUUAAUAGCAACAAAUUAUAUGGGCUAUUACAGAGAGUUUCGUCGAUAUGAUCACUAUUGGUAUUGUGUUAUUGCUUAUAUACUACAGAAUUGGUAACUCUAUAUAUAAUGGACUAUACAUUCUACUUGCUGCUUUUGUUUUUAAUAUAAUAGUUGUUUACUUUAUGCAAUUUUUCUUUAGGAGGCAAUACAAAAAGAAGGAUGCAAGAGUUUCAAUUAGCAAAGAUGUGAUUGAAGGAAUGAAAAGCAUCAAAUAUUUGGGUUGGGAAGAAAUAUUUAAAUAAAAGAUUGAAAAAAUUCGUUCAAAAGAAUUCAGUUAUAUCAUUACUACAAGAUGUCUUGAUGGAGUGUUAAGCAUAUUUUGGAAUUGCAUCAGCUAUUUCUUAUUGUUUUUCUUUUUAGUCAGCUAUGUGAAUGACGGCAAUAAUUUAGCUGACUCAAAUGUCUUUACAAUUAUUGCAUUGUUUGGUAUAUUAACUGGUCCUAUCGGAUCUUUGCCAUGGAGUAUUGGUUAUUUAGUAAAGUCAAGAGUUUCUUACAGAAGAAUACAAAAAUUUUUAAAUGAGAAAGAAAUAAACCAUAACAACGUUGUCAAUCUGGACUUAGAGUUAAACAAAAACUCCUCAAGUAAUGCCAAUUAAGAGAGUUUCUUUGAAAGCUUCGCUAAUAGCCAAGUACAAACUUCUGUAAAUUAAAUAGCCAUCUCUAUGAGAAGGAUGAAAUUCAUAUGGCCAGUUAAAAAGAGACCUCAAAAUUUGAAGAAAAAAGAAGACCCAAAAAUAAACUAAAAUAAGAGUAAGAACUCAGAAGAAAAUAUAUAAGAACCACUAUUAGAUAACUAAUAUGAAAACAGCCAAGAAGUUAGUGAAAAAAACAUGUUUGAAUUAAAAAUAUUUGAUUUUAUUGUAAAUAAAGGAGAUCUUGCUAUUAUUAUAGGAAAGAUAGGUUCUGGUAAAUCAGCCCUUCUAUAAGCUAUUUUAAAUGAGUUAGACUCCUAGCCUAUCGAUAAUUAAGAGUCUUUAAUCGCUUCAAAUAUUGAGGGUUCUGCUAUUUAAGAAAAGUUAACGAAUUUUGAGAAGAAAAUUAUUGUUAAUGGUAGGACAGGGUAUGUUUCAUAAAAUCAUUGGCUGUAAAAUAAGACAAUUAAAGAAAAUAUUCUAUUUGGAAAAUAAUAUGAUCCUGUUUGGUAUAAUGAAUGUGUUGAAUCUUGCGAUUUGAAAGUAGAUUUUAAUACUUUUUCAAAGAAAGAUGAGAAAAUUGUAGGUCCUGGAGGUGGAAAUUUAAGUGGAGGAUAAAGAUAAAGAAUAGCUAUAUGCAGAGCUCUUUAUUAAAAUUGUGAUAUCUAUCUAUUCGAUGAUAUUUUCAGCAGCUUAGAUGCUCACGUUGCUGAUAAAGUAUACUAAUCUGUAAUAGUUGAUGCUUUAAUUAAGAAAUUUAAAAAAACCGUCCUUCUAGUUACAAGUCAUUUCAGCAUAUUUUCAAACAGAUCAUGCAUAAAUAGAAUAUUUUAUCUGUAGAAGGGUAGCUUGGUUUAUGAGUAAGAUAAAAUUGAAGAAUUUAUUAAUAGCGGAAUAAGCAAGGAGUAGGAAGAGGAAGAAGAAAAAAAAAAGAAGCAAUAAUUAGAACUUUAGUUGAACUCAGAUGAACAAAUAGAAGACCAAUAAUAAGCUGGAGGCAACGAUUAACAAAACAACGAUUUAAAUAAGAGCAAAGAAGAAGAUGAUUUAAACUUGAAAAAAAAGCAAAGUAGCAAGCACCAAGAUAAAAAAGCUGAGGAAGAAGACGAUGAUGAAGAAGCAAAGAAAUUGGAAGAAGAAAAAAGAGAAAAAGGAAAUAUUAAAUUAGAUACCUUUCUCACGUACUUUAAAUCCAUGGGAGUAUUUUUUCUAAUUCUUUUAAUCAUAACAAAUUUUUUGAUGGAAGGCACUUAAAUGAUCAUGGAUUUUUGGCUAAGAGAUUAUGUAUCUCCAAGCAGUGCUUUUUUUGAAGACAUAAACAGCCUUUUCAAUUCUUUCUCAAAUACAUUUUUAUUUUUUAUUGCUUUGAACUUAGCUACCACAACCACCAGAGCUGCAUUUUACUGUACAUGUGCACUUCUUAGUGGUAAAAGACUCUUCAAUAAUUUGAACAAAAGUCUCAUUUAUAGUAAGAUGACAUUCUUUGAUAAAAACCCUGUAGGAAGAAUAGUUAACAGAUUAUCUGAUGAUAUCUUAUGUAUUGACGAUUAUUUACCUUGGACUUGUCAUGUCUUCUUAGAAUAAAUGGCUUACACAAGCGGCUAUCCUAUCGGAGUCAUGAUUUAGUUCCCAUGGCUAGUCGUAUUUGUUUUAAUCUCUAUUGGUCUGAUAUAUUGGGUUUAGAGAAUCUUUAGGCUCUCAAAUAGAGAAAUAAAGAGAUUGAACUCAGUAAAUUCUGGUAAAUUAUUGACAAGUUUAGGCGAAGCUUGUAAAGGAUUAAUAUUAAUAAGAUCUUUUGACAGAGAGAGAUUUAUUUUAAAGGAGUAUAUGGAAAGAUUAAAUGAUAGUGUUAACACAUAUUUAAUUGCUUCAGCUAUAUAAAUUUGGAUGUCAAUCAGAUUGUUGCUAAUUAGUAACUUCUUAUUUAUUUGUGUAUCUGUCACUAGUAUGGUUAUGAUUAUUGGAAACUUUGAUUUCAACUAUUAUACUAUUUCCAUGGCUCUUACAUAUUCAAUGCUUCUUUCUACAAGAUUUUCUGAUCUAAUUCGCUAUUUUUGUGCAAUAGAGCAAAAUAUGGUUUCAGUUGAACGUAUUAGAUAGUAUUUCAAUAACGAAUAAGAAAAUCCUAACUUUAUUGAAAUGGAAGAAGAUAAAAAAGCAAUUGAUGAAGAGCAAUGUAAUUAAGAUAACAAUGAUAUUGCUAUUGAAUUUAAAAAUGUUUAUAUUACUUACGAUGAAGUCAAUCCUGAAAAAAAUUUAACAACAGAAUCUAAAGAUGUGCAAUUUGCGCUUAAAGAUAUUUGUCUUAAGAUAAAGAAAGGAGAGAAAAUAGCUUUUUGUGGAAGAACUGGAUCGGGAAAAACUUCAAUUUUAAAUACGCUUUUCAACAUGUAUCCUAUAUAAUUUGGGAGUAUUAAUGUUGAUGGAAAGAAUAUUAAAUAAUAUUCUUUGAAAUAAUUGAGAUCUAAAAUGUCUAUCAUUCCAUAAUUUGGGUUUUUGUAUAAUGCUACUCUUAAGGAUAAUUUAGAUCCAGAGAGUUAAAUUCCGAGAGAAAUUAUUCAAAAGAAAAUAAAUGAAACAAAUCUAAGAAUUAGAGACAAUUCGCAUGGAGUUAAUAAUGAUGAUAAUAUCUCUGAUCGUUAAUAAUAUAAUAAUGCAGAUUAGAAUGUCAUUUAAAUUAACUCAAAAGAGCAGAAUAUAAAUAAUUAAACUGAUGAUAAUUUAGAUUUUGAAAUAGAGGAUGGAGGAUAAAAUCUUUCGAAUGGAGAAAAGCAAGUAGUGAACUUUUUAAGAAUAAUUCUGAGAGAAACAGAUAUAGUUUGUUUAGAUGAAGCCACUUCUAAUAUGGAUCCUAAAACAGAUGCAGAACUACAUAGACAAAUAUUUAAAUUUGCAGAGAAUAGAACUUUGCUGGUAAUUACUCACAGAUUAGAAAAUAUUGAGCUCUUUGAUAGAGUAGUUGUUUUAGAAAAAGGAAGAAUAGUUGAGUGUGGAAAUGUAACAGAAUUGAGAAAUAUUCAAGGAGGAUUCUUUAAUAGAUUGCUUAAAAAUCAUUGA